AAAGGAUAUACAAGAGAUUGUUCAUGCUUUUAAGACUGAUUCUCCAGAAUUAUGGAUUAAGGAAUAUCAUGAUAAAUCUGAUCUGUUAGAAAAGGAUUAUGAUUUUAGUAACGUUGAAGAAGUAUGGAAAAUUAUAGACUUAGUUGCUUAUACUAGCACUCUAAAAUAG